UUCCCCAAGCUUCCAUACCACCUUCUCCAUAUAUCUCUAUCUCUCUGAAACCACCAAAAAACGCAGGAAAAUCCCUAAUUGCUGUUUUGCUAGUUGCUCAAAUGGCGACAAGGAAAGCUUCGAGGCUCGCCAAGUCCGCUCUAGCCGCCAUUAACGCCUCCAAAACCUCCACAACCUGUGCCCCUCCCGUAGCCUCUCGCGCCCGAGCAGUCGCCGCUGGUUCUGGUUCCGCCUCGGCCAGGUCCGUCACCUCCAUUUCUCGAGCUCAGAUUUCCGACAUAAUCGCCGACCAAAACGAUGUCGUUUCGGCGAAGCCUUCGUCGAACGUCUUCGCUCGCAAGUUUCACUCUUCCUCUCCGCUGUACUAUUCCGCGACCAGCUCUUCUCAGAUAAGUCAAAAUGAGUUCACUGAGAUGGCGUGGGAAGGCAUCGUCGGUGCCGUCGACGCCGCGCGAGCGAGCAGACAACAGGUGGUUGAAUCCGAGCACCUGAUGAAAGCUCUUCUGGAGCAAAAGGAUGGAUUGGCGAGAAGGACUUUCGCAAAGGCCGGGGUUGAUAACACCUCGGUUCUCCAGGCAACUGAUGAUUUCAUAUCGAAACAACCAAAGGUAAUAGGAGACACUAGUGGCCCUAUAAUGGGGACACAUUUGAGUUCCGUUUUGGACAAUGCGAGGAAGAAUAAGAAAGAAAUGGGAGACGAUUUUGUGUCGGUUGAGCAUCUUUUGUUGGCGCUUCAGUCGGAUAAGAGAUUCGGUCAACAGUUGUUCAAGAACCUUCAGCUUAGCGAGAAGGAUUUGAAGGAUGCAAUUCGUGAGGUUCGCGGGAGUCAACGGGUCACUGAUCAAAACCCUGAAGGAAAAUAUCAGGCAUUGGAAAAAUAUGGGGUUGAUUUGACUGAGCUUGCUCGGCGUGGAAAACUUGAUCCUGUUAUUGGUCGAGAUGAUGAAAUACGGAGGUGCAUCCAAAUUUUGUCUAGGAGAACGAAAAAUAAUCCUGUUAUUAUUGGGGAGCCUGGUGUGGGAAAAACUGCAAUUGCUGAAGGAUUAGCUCAACGGAUUGUGCGUGGAGAUGUUCCUGAACCAUUGCUGAAUCGAAAGUUGAUCUCUCUAGACAUGGGUUCAUUAGUUGCUGGUGCCAAGUUUCGAGGAGAUUUUGAGGAAAGGUUGAAAGCUGUUCUUAAGGAAGUCACCUCUUCCAACGGACAAUUCAUACUAUUUAUUGAUGAGAUUCAUACAGUUGUUGGUGCAGGGGCAACUGGUGGUGCAAUGGAUGCUGGGAACCUGUUAAAACCAAUGCUUGGACGAGGGGAACUUCGAUGUAUAGGAGCAACAACUUUGAAUGAGUAUAGGAAAUACAUUGAGAAGGAUCCUGCUCUUGAGCGUAGAUUUCAACAGGUAUUUUGUGACCAACCAUCAGUUGAAGACACAAUAUCCAUUCUUCGUGGGUUGCGCGAGCGCUAUGAGCUGCAUCAUGGUGUUAAAAUAUCAGAUAGUGCACUUGUUUCAGCAGCAGUGCUUGCAGACCGAUAUAUCACUGAACGAUUUUUGCCUGACAAAGCCAUUGAUCUUGUUGAUGAGGCUGCUGCUAAGCUGAAAAUGGAAAUUACUUCUAAGCCUACCGAGUUGGAUGAGAUAGACAGAAGCGUGUUAAAGUUGGAGAUGGAGAAGCUAUCCCUGAAGAAUGACACUGAUAAAGCAUCCAAAGAAAGGUUAAGCAAGCUGGAACAUGAUCUAGAAUUGCUUAAACAAAAACAGAAAGAGUUAAAUGAACAAUGGGAGCGUGAGAAGGUUCUCAUGAAUCGAAUAAGAUCAAUUAAAGAGGAGAUUGAUAGAGUUAACCUGGAGAUGGAAGCUGCUGAGCGCGAAUAUGACCUAAAUCGUGCUGCAGAGCUCAAAUAUGGAACUUUAAUUUCUCUUCAACGCCAGUUAGAAGAGGCUGAAAAGAACCUUGCUGAAUUCCGAAAGUCUGGUAAGUCCUUGCUUCGGGAAGAAGUUACUGAUCUUGAUAUAGCCGAAAUUGUAAGCAAAUGGACUGGUAUACCGCUGUCGAAUCUCCGACAAUCUGAGAGAGAGAAGCUAGUCAUGCUUGAAGAGGUUCUCCACAAGAGGGUGGUUGGUCAAGAUAUGGCAGUGAAAUCAGUUGCUGAUGCAAUUCGACGUUCAAGGGCGGGAUUGUCUGACCCUAACAGACCAAUAGCCAGUUUCAUGUUCAUGGGUCCUACUGGUGUUGGAAAAACAGAGCUUGCAAAGGCCUUAGCUAGUUACCUUUUCAACACAGAAAAUGCUCUUGUCAGAAUUGAUAUGAGCGAGUACAUGGAGAAGCACGCAGUUUCGCGCUUGGUUGGGGCGCCUCCGGGUUAUGUUGGUUAUGAAGAAGGUGGGCAGCUGACAGAAGUGGUUCGCCGAAGACCUUAUGCUGUUGUACUUUUUGACGAAAUAGAAAAAGCGCACCAUGAUGUCUUCAACAUUUUGUUGCAACUGUUGGAUGAUGGAAGAAUAACUGAUUCUCAGGGACGGACCGUGAGCUUCACAAAUUGUGUUGUAAUAAUGACAUCCAACAUCGGUUCUCACUUGAUACUCGAAACCCUUCGCAACACCCAGGACAGUAAAGAAGCAGUUUAUGAAGUGAUGAAAAGGCAAGUUGUUGAGUUGGCUAGACAAACUUUUCGCCCUGAAUUCAUGAACCGAGUCGACGAAUACAUUGUCUUCCAGCCUUUGGACUCCAAAGAAAUCAGCAAAAUUGUGGAGAUACAGAUGAACCGGUUGAAGGAGAGGCUGAGUCAGAGGAAAAUUGAGCUUCAUUACACAAAAGAAGCUGUUGAACUUUUGGGAACACUGGGAUUCGACCCGAAUUUCGGAGCAAGACCAGUUAAACGAGUUAUACAGCAGCUCGUUGAGAAUGAAAUUGCAAUGGGAAUCUUGAGAGGUGAUUUCAAGGAGGAAGAUUCGAUUAUCGUUGAUGCUGAUGUGUCGUCCAAAGACCUUCCUCCGCAUAAUAGAUUGCACAUCAAGAAAUUGGAGAACGGCUCUUCUAUGGAUGUCUUGGUUGCCAAUGACUGAUCUGAGAGCAAUUUUGUUUUAUAUUACAGAAGUACUUUUGGUUUUGUGUAAAGUUGGGCUGUGACUGCAUCUGGAGAACUACUUUUUUUUUUUUUCAUUUUUGCUUUGGGAUGAAAAGGCAUUCAUUAACUAAACGAAGAGGAUGACAGAAAAUGUAGGCUGAGCAAAAGGAAAGCACCAAAUUCCGAACUGGAGGAAGAAAAGAAAGACUUAAAAAAGUUGCAGAAUUAUGCUUGAACCUAUCUAUUUCUAUUCCUCUUUCUUCUCACACACACACACACAAACCAUCUUAAUAGUAGCAAAGGAUUUGUAUAUAGAUACUUGUACAUAAAAUAAAACUAGCAGCAAACGAUUUGUAUGUGGGGUGUGCAUAUAAAUUAUGUAUACACUAGGGCCAUUUGCAAAUUGAACCUUGAA